CCCAUGGGUGAGAACACGGUGAAGAGGACAUGGUAUAAAAAGAGUCGAGGGAGCGGGCAGAGCAGGGAGAGAAUCGCAACUUUCAUAUACUCAGAUUUAAUAAACGUGGACUAUAUUUACAAAACCAGGAAAACCAACUUUGCAUAUACAGCCUUCAUUACUGGUCUGUAUUUUCCGCCUGUUGUCAGAGAAGUCACCAUGGCACAACUGAUGAAUUAUUGGAUGUGUUUGCUUGCACUAAUGUUGACAGUGACCUCGAGCCAUGCCUUGAGAAGAAUCGGCCUGCGGAAGAUGCCAUCUAUCAGAGAGACACUGAGGGAGAUGGGUAUUUCUGCAGAGCAGGUGUUGACUGAGCUGGCCCAGAAGAGCACAGAUGACACGAACAACGGGACUGUUCCCACACCUCUAACCAACUACUUGGAUACUCAGUACUAUGGGGAAAUCAGCAUCGGCUCUCCGGCCCAGAUGUUCAACGUAGUGUUUGAUACAGGCUCAGCAAACCUGUGGGUGCCCUCGCAAAGCUGCUCACCUUUCUCCACUGCCUGUUUUACUCACAACAGGUACGAUGCCUCCAGAUCCCGGACUCACAUUGAUAAUGGAACCGGAUUUUCCAUCCAGUACGCCUCUGGAAAUGUUAGGGGAUUUCUGAGCGAGGAUGUGGUUGUGGUUGGUGGCAUUCCUGUGGUGCAAGUGUUUGCUGAAGCUACCUCUCUGUCUGCCAUGCCCUUUAUUUUUGCUAAAUUUGAUGGAGUCCUGGGGAUGGGUUACCCAAACGUGGCGAUCGAUGGCAUCACUCCGGUAUUUGAUCGCAUCAUGUCUCAGCAUGUCCUCAGAGAAGAGGUGUUCUCUGUCUACUACAGCAGGGACCCAAAACACUCCCCAGGUGGAGAGCUGGUCCUCGGUGGCACUGAUCCAAACUACUACACUGGAAAAUUUAAUUAUAUGGACACCAGAGAGAUGGGCAAGUGGGAAGUUACCAUGAAAGGUGUUUCUGUGGGGAUGGAGAAGAUGUUUUGCGCUGAGGGCUGCACCGCUGUCAUCGACACAGGCUCCUCCUACAUCACAGGUCCAGCCUCCUCUGUGUCCAUGCUGAUGAAAACCAUCGGAGCACAGCUGGAUGAAAGUGGAUACAAAGUCAACUGUGACACUGUCAAGACAUUGCCAAGCGUCACUUUCCACCUGGGUGGCCACGAGUACUCCCUCACUCAGGAGGAUUAUAUCUUAUGGCAAUCACAGAUUGAAGGGGAUGUCUGCACUGUCACCUUCAGGGGCCUGGAUGUGCCGCCCCCUACAGGUCCCAUCUGGAUUUUGGGAGCCAACUUCAUUGCCCGCUACUACACAGAGUUUGACCGUCGCAAUAAUCGGAUAGGAUUCGCUACAGCGGUCUGACAGGAAAUUAAACAUCUGCCACAUUGCUCUGUUUUAUUUUUCUCUAUCUUUGCUGCUAUCUCUUCUUUGUCCAGUCCUCCCUUAAAGGUCCAGUGUGUAACGUUUAGAAAAAUCUUUUGGCAAAAAUAGAAAUACAAUUUGAAUUUGUGUAAAAUCACCUGAAAAUCAAAAUUGUUAUGUUUUCACUACCUUAGAAAGAGCUGUUUUUAUCCACACAAGGAAAAGAUCCUCUUCCACAGAGGCCCCCAUAUUGAACCACCAUGUUUCUACAGUAGCCCAGAAUGGACAGACCAAACACCGGUUCUACUGUUUUUUGUGUGUUUUUUGCAUUUUUCUCAGCCACCGUAGUUUCUCCUACAUACUUGGAACAAGGAGAUUGAGGUGAAGUGUUGUGAUUUCCAACUACACCACUAUAUGCCACCAAAUACGACAUACUGGUCCUUUAAGUUUCUUUUUAUGAUAACUCAUGAUGACAUCUCCUUUAUAAAAAUGGUAGAGUGCACAUAGAAGAAUAUUCUCCCAUUUCUGGCAAGUCCUGCUUUCCUUUUAUAUAAUAUUGUGUACCUGUUGCACUGAACACAUUCUCUUUUUUUUAAUUUAUAAGCAUUUACCAGCAAAUGCAAAGUUUCUGUGUGUGUGACUCUGCUGAUUAUUAUCAUACAGCAACAGUGGAAAUCCAUAUUUGUAUUGUAAUGACAUAACAAGAAUAAACUUGUUUACUGGGGUUUGAAUUCGAUUCAACUUCAAUAAUGA